UGACGCGUCUCUCUGAAGUCCAGAAGUCGCCCCGGCCGGCGGUGGUGGUGGGCGGGGUAGUUAAGGUUCGCUAAUUUCUUGACGGCUUGAGUCGCUUGACCAUUCUCCCCGCUUACGUCUGAACCGAAUAUGCAUUGCUUUUUCACCCAAAAUUCUACAGGGGAAUGAAUAAUGAAUGCACUUGUCACUUCCCCAGUUCUCCCCGCUUUUAUAAGAACUCCAAGCUCGCUUCGCCGUUUUCUCACCCACUCUGUCACAACUCACAAACAAGUUGAAAUCGUCGUUGUUCAGAGAGAGACAGGGACGACCUGGUGAACACAGAAACAUGGCUCGUAGGAUGAUGGGUUUGCUGGGGUGCAUGCUUGUUGUAGCUCUGUUUCAGAGUGCAGCUGCACAGACAACACACACCGUCGGAGGCAGCACCGGUUGGACACUUCCGUCUUCCAACAGUUUCUACACCACCUGGGCUUCCAGCCAGAAUUUCGCCGUUGGCGACACUCUGGAGUUCGAUUUCUCCGGCUCGCAUGACGUGGCCCAAGUGACAAAAGCUAAUUAUGACUCCUGCACUAAGACACCCAUCGGUUCCAUCAUUUCAACCAGUCCGGCGGAGAUUCUUCUUAAUGCUUCAGGCGACCACUACUUCAUCUGCACUAUUAGCAACCACUGCCAAGCGGGCAUGAAGCUAGCCAUCACCGUCAGUGCCGCUUCUACUACCACCAAUGGCACCACCAACUCCACUACACCUACUGCAACCUCUUCACCGCCCCCACCAAGCUCUGCUUCAUCUCUUUCCGUAGGCGGCUUCUCUGCCGUACUAUUGUCCAUUGUCAUCGCUUUCUUACACUAGAUGCAUAUGCGGUAUGCCCAUACUGCGGAGCAGAUCUUCUCUGUUCUUCCUUGUGUUUUUGUUUUCAGUACCACAGUUGUCUUCUACUACUAAGCCCCAUACCAUGUUCUACAUAUAGGUUGUAUGUGGUUCAUUUUUACAUCUAUUAGAACAGUUGUUUCUCAGAUAAUGAGCUUAUUUAUUUAUUUA